AUGGAUGCUGUUCAUCGAGGUGAUUCAGAUUGUUCAAAAGUCGAAAAACCAAUUAUCUUGCCUUCAUCACACACUGGGGGACCACGAUAUAGAGUACAAAAUUACCAAGAUGCAAUGGCCAUUUGUAAAUGGGCAGGAUAUCCUGAUUUGUUUCUUACUUUCACUUGCAACCCAAAGUGGCCAGAAAUAAAUAAUAUGCUGCAUUUAAUUGGGCAAAAAGAUGAUGACAAUCGAGUGGAUAUCAUAUGCAGAGUUUUUGAGAUAAAGUUAUUCCAACUAAUGCAGGAUCUCAAAAAAGGAAAACCAUUUGGAAAAAUAAUCGCAUGUCUUUACACAAUUGAGUUCCAAAAGAGAGGCUUGCCCCAUGCACAUAUACUGCUUUUCUUACACCAAACAAUGAAAAAUCCAUCAGCAAAUCAUAUUGAUGAAAUAAUAAGUGCAGAAAUCCCAGACGUAAAUAUCGAUCCUGAUGGUUACAAUGCAGUCAACAAAUUUAUGAUUCAUGGACCAUGUGGCAAGCUCAAUCCUAACUCUCCGUGUAUGAUGCAAGGAAAGUGCACAAAAUAUUUCCCAAAAAAAUUCAAAGACCAAACGAUUGUUGAUGCCGAUGGCUUUCCAGUUUACAAAAGGCGAAAUACAGGUAUCCAUGUUGAAAAGAAAAAUGUCUUCUUAGAUAAUCGAUAUGUGGUCCCUUAUAAUAGGAAUUUGAUUGUUAAAUAUGAUGCACAUAUUAAUGUUGAGGUUUGCAAUUACUCAAGAUCAAUCAAAUAUCUAUUUAAGUAUGUUCAUAAAGGGUCUGAUAGAACAACAGCAACAAUGGAAUCUAUUGACACUACCGAAGAAAUAGAUGAGAUCAAAACAUAUCUUGACUGUAGAUAUAUAUCAGCAACUGAAGCUUGCUGGAGAAUCUUCCAAUUUGACAUACAUUACAGACAGCCAGCCGUCGAAAGAUUACCAUUCCAUUUUCCUGGAGAGCAUACAGUAGUAUUUGAAGAAAAUAAUUACACCGAAAAUGUGCUUUGCCGACCUGGAAUAGAGAAAACAAAGUUCACUGAAUGGUUAGAGACAAAUAAGAAUUAUGAGGAUGCGCGUGACCUAACUUAUUCUGAUUUUCCUACACGUUGGGUUUGGAAUUCAAAAGACAAAACAUGGACGAGGAGAAAAAAUGGCAUAGCAAUUGGAAGAAUUUACUUUGCACAUCCUUCAACUGGAGAACGCUUCUACAUGAGAAUGAUGCUCAACUUUGUCAAAGGAAGUACUUCGUUCGAAAGCAUUAGAACAGUAAAUGGAGUGACAUAUCCUACUUUUAAAGCUGCAUGCUAUGAUUUGGGAUUAUUAGACGAUGAUAAAGAGUGGAUCGAUUGCUUGACUGAAGCUUCAAUUUGGGCAACCGGAAAUGAAUUAAGGCAUCUAUUUGUCAUGAUACUCAUUCAUUGUCAGGUUUCCGAUGCAUCACAACUUUGGAAAUCUAAUUAUACUGCAUUGUCAGAAGACAUGGUUUCAUUACAAAGGAAGAGAUUUAGAAUGAAGGACCUUCAACUAACUGAACAACAAGUGGAAGCAUACACAUUGUUCGAAAUUGAAGGUAUAAUGUUGAAGAUGGGAAAAAGUCUGAAAGAAGUAGAUGGAAUGCCCCUACCUAAUUCUUCUUUGAUGAGAGACUCGGGUAAUAGAUUGGUCAAUGAAGAGCUUGACUAUGACAAAGAUCAAUUAAAAAUAUUGCAUGCAAAAUCAUUUGUUGCUCUAAAUCCUUGCCAGAAGUCAGCUUAUGAAGCAAUAAUACAUUCUGUGGAGAAUGAAGAAGAUAAGACCUUAAGAGAUAUUUUAAAAACAAGGUACGAAAAUAGUACUACCAAACCUUUUGGAGGACUUACAGUGGUAUGUGGUGGUGAUUUCCGUCAAAUAUUGCCAGUUUUCCCAAAGGGUACAAGAGCUGACAUUGUUGAUUCUUCUCUUAAUUCAUCCUACUUGUGGUCAUUUUUUAAAGUAUAUCAGCUCAACCAAAAUAUGAGGCUCUAUAAUGGAAGUGUCAGUAGCUCCGAGGCUGCUAAAAUAGCUUCUUUUGACAAAUGGUUGUUGCAGGUUGAAGAUGGUACAUUAUAUGAUGACAUUGGUAGAGAAUUAAUUAAAAUUCCUUCUGAUAUAUGCAAAAAACCAUCUGAAGAUCCAAUGAAAUCUAUAGUGGAAGCUAUUUACCCUUCACUUUUGCAUAAGUACAAUGAUCCAUCAUAUUUGAAAGAAAGAGCUAUAUUAACGCCAAAAAAUGAAAUGGUUCAUGAGUUAAAUGAGACGAUUAUGAAUAUGAUACAAGGAGAAGGGAGAACUUAUUUCAGCUCUGACAAUAUAUGCAAAGCAAGUGUAAACAGAAAUGAUGAAGACCUUCUGUAUCCACCUGAAUUUUUGCAUAGCUUGAAAUUUAAUGGCAUCCCAAAUCAUGACAUACGACUUAAGGAAGGUGUUCCUGUAAUGCUACUUAGAAAUUUGAAUCAAACAGAAGGUCUAUGCAAUGGCACAAGGUUGAUAGUCACCUGUCUUGGUAAAUGGUCAAUUAGAGGUGACAUCAUUUCAGGAAUAAAUAUUGGUCAGAACGUAACGAUUCCAAGAAUUAUCAUGUCUCCCAAUGAAUCAAGGUGGCCAUUCAAGCUCAAUAGACGACAACUUCCUUUAGCCCCAUGUUUUGCGAUGACAAUCAAUAAAAGUCAAGGACAAUCUCUUAAACAUGUCGGCUUAUAUCUCCCUAAGCAAGUAUUCACUCAUGGUCAAUUAUAUGUCGCUAUCUCUCGAGUCACAACAAGAGAAGGAUUGACCAUACUAAACGCUGACGAUGAGGUGGAAGACAAAACCUUCAUAAAAAAUAUUGUCUACAACGAAGUAUUCCAAAAUAUUACAUAA